UGAAAAAGGUGCAGCAAAACAGCAUAGAAACAAAUGGAAACAGCUAAGUUGGUUACAGGUUAAAAGCAGCAUUAAACAGAUGGGUUUUGAGCGCGGUUUUGAAUUUAGAAUAUGAUGUGGAAAGUCUGAUAACAAAUAUUGAUAAAACUGUUCUGCAUCAUCGGGACAUCAAAAGUGAAUGUUUGAAUUAAGAACUGAGAAAACAAGUUAGAUGUAAACAAACACAGAAAGACACUAUACAACAAUAGUAACAUUUUAAAGUGUGAUCACUGAAUAUGUGGGUACUACAGUACCUAAAAAGCAUAAUAUGGGAAUAAGCAAUUGGUGUUUAUAAAAAAUAUUUUAAAAUUCUUUGUCAUUCAACAGGAAGUGCCAGAGAUUGCCUAACAGUUGGUGGGGAGUUUUACUCCAGUGGUCAGUCAGAGAUAAAUGGAGCAUCCGAAUCCAAAGCUGUUAAGAACAAGUUUCACCACAAGGGGGAGACAACCACAGGGAUGGUACAUUAGAGGAUCUACUCUUUCACAGUCACUUGUCUUUCCUUUUCACCGUGUAUAUUUGCUUUUGUAUGGUACAUGUUCUGUAUCUGUGUAGGUUCAAUAUAAUGAUGAUGAGUGUGCCGUGUGUAAGGACGGAGGAGAGCUGAUUUGUUGUGAUGGCUGUCCUCAAGCUUUUCAUCUGACCUGCCUGGACCCUCCACUCACAUCUAUACCAAGUGGCACUUGGCGGUGUGAAUGGUGCUGUGGCAACAGAGUAAAAAGAGAGAAUGCCCAACUACCCUUACAAUGUCACAGCGUCUAUGAAUGAGUUCAGUGGGAGAAACCAGUGCUCAGGCGCAGAGCUGCUCAGUAUGGGGGAGGUGUGUGGUGUUUGUCACAUAGAAGGAGGAGACCUUACUCACUGCCUCCAGUGUUUGCAGCGCUUCCACGAACACUGCCAUGACUCCAAUGUGCUUGUGUUUGCUAGAGGGAGAUCCAUCUGCUCGUCCUGCUCCCGGCCCUGGGGCAACUCUGCAGAGAGGGAGGUGGAAUCAUCCAAAGGCUUACAGCUCGCCCCAGUGGUUCAAAACACAGUAGGUCAUGAUCAGAGCUCCUCUGUCCUUGGGCCCAUCCUCCAUAAAGAUGAUCUGGACUCCAUCCUGGGAGACGGCUCCAUUGACGGCAUCUUGCAGUGGGCUUUCCACAACAUCUCUCGGCCUCUUCCAGACUCUCAAGGAUACUACCAGUGACCGGUAGACGAUCUGCGCUCAUCUAAGAGCUCUCACAGUUUGAAGUUAUACCAUGAAGUAACAAUGAUGACAUGAACAUAGCUAAUAUAAAUGGAGAUUACUGGAUAUAGUGGAGAUUAUUUUCUUGUUUCCUGGACCUGGA